UCCCUUUCCUUUAUUUAACUUCCUAGUUCUUUGGUAAACAACUUACAAAUUUAAAUGGAUAGUGGCUUUCAGGAAUUAGAAUUUGUAGGACGAAAGGAAGAGAUCAAAACUUUUAGGGAUCAUUUGCCACAUUAUAAACUUCUUGGAUUAUUUGGAUUAAGAGCUGUCGGAAAAUCAAGUUUCAUCCACGAAGUAUUAAAACCGAAAGUGAAAUAUCAUCAAAUUAUAAACCUGAAAACAGUACACCAUGUUGAAGAUAUUUACAGCGUCAUUUGUGCUUCAUUACAUUCUCAACCACUUCCACUCUCUAGUUAAAGAUCCCGGAUAGUGCAUCUCAUCGAUUUAAUAAAUAACCUGUCAGAGUGUGUGCUAGUGUUUGAUAAUGCGAGGAUGUGAUAGAGGGUCGUCAUUGUGACACGUUUCUGCAUCUUUGCUCCGAAUUAACUCAAAAAUGUGACCACACCAAAGUUGUUUUAACAUCGACCACGCGGGUUAAUUUUCCAUCUUUACGCACGUCGUAUUUCGCCUAUGAGUUAAAGCCACUUUCUCGAGAUGAUUCAAAAACACUCUUCAAAGCUGUUGCUCCAACCGUUUCAUUGGAAAUGUUCGAAAAUGCCAUUCUAGACCUAAGUGAAGGCCUUCCAUUACUUAUUAUCGUCAUAGCAGGGGCUCUUGAACAAGAGAAAGAUCUUAUAACUGUGGAAGAUAUGGUUGAACUCUUGCUAGAGAGUCGACUUGAGACUUUUUGUAAUGAAUCUGAUACAGGCAGUCUACAAGUAGAUCGGAUCUACAAGCACUUCGUUCUCCGCUUGAAUGAAAAGCUCCGACAGAACCUCGCUGCAUUAAACUACAUCCCUGGAACGUUCACUGGAGACCAGGCAGCACAGAUGUUAGUUUCAGACUAUGGUUCCUGUGCAAUGGCAAAGUGGAAAGCAAUAAGGCCAAUCAGAAUCAGACAUAUGCUCAACUUCGAUGCAGACCGCAAACGAUUUGACAUCCAAGGCAUUAUACGGGAGAUUGUGAAAGCGGAAAUAAUAAUCAAUGACCUGCCCGGUGUUCGGACACGAUACUGCAAAAUUUAUUCAGCUGUGAUGAAGGAAAUAUCGAGGAACAUGGGAGGCGCCGAUUUCGUCAAAGCUUUGGAAGCGUUCUCAGUAGAACAGGUUAACUUGAGCAAGUUGCUACACGAAGUUCACAAUACCCAGGAGGACACCUAUCAUUUCUUUAUAGAGAUGGCGGAGUCGUGUACUGAACUCAUACAGAUCUAUUUGGCGAAGGACAGUCAGCUUUUCUACGACGCAUGUUUGAAACUCGCAGAUUUGUACAAACGGGACAUAGACAAAGCAAGUGUAAAUCUUGCGAUAGGCAGCAUGGAAACGGAGUCAAAGGGUGAAUUUCAAAAAGGUAUGGAGAAGUAUGAAGCAGCACUCAGCGUUCUGCAAAAGGAGGGACCGAGCUUAAAACUUGCAACGCUGUAUCAUAAAAUAGGCCGGAACGUGUACAAGCAAGGAAACAUUGUGGACAGCAUCACGUAUUACAAAAAGUCCCUAGCCAUUUCAGCAACACGUGGCAAGAACUAUGCCAGUGUGAUGCUUUACACAUUAAGUCUAACUGGAGCAUCAUAUGUAUUUUUGGGACAAUUUGACAUGGGAGAAAAAUACCACAACAGAUGCUACAAGCGCAUCGAACAACUGCACGGAAAAAUCCACCCUACUGUUGGCCACGAACUCGACAAGAUAGGUCUACUGCAUGACCAGCGAGGCGAUACAUUGACCGGGCUUGAAUACUUCCUAAGAGGUCUCGACGUCAAGAGGCGCUCAAACGCGGCUCAUUUUUCGAUCGUGUAUUCUCUAAGCAACGUAGCGAACAGCUAUAACACUCUAAGAAGAUUUGAUGAGGCUCACGAUAACGUGGAUGAAGCCUUUGAAAUACUUGAGAAACAUCCCGUCCCACACAUGGAUGCAUUGUCAUUGAUGUACAACACGAGAGGAAAGAUAUACUCAAAUCAAGAAAAAUGGCAAGAUGCCGAAGUGGCGUUCCGGAAAUGUGUCGAAAUAACGAGGACAGUGGACGAUAAAAGUUUCUUCUACAUGAAAAGACUAGUGAAUCUCGCAGAGGUACAAGAAAAACGCAAUCGCUUACAAGCUUGCCUACGAACGGCCAGUCAGGCGCAUGCUUUGUCCGAGCGUACCAUUAAGACGGCCCCACAUGUUUUUAUAAUAAUGGAGUGUUUACAGUGUAUGUGUAGGGUGUACAGAAUGUUGGACAAAAAUGAUAAAUUCAUUGAAACUUUGAAGGAAAUGGAAGUGGAAUGUAUCAGACUAAGGAACGUAUACGCCGAACUUGAAAACCAAACUAAACAGAAGCUGAUUGUUAAAUUAAUUGAAGAUGUCAAGCAAAUGUGGACGGAAGUAAAAUAUGAAAAAUUGGAGUGACAAUCUGUAUUACAAAUUACACAUAGUUGUUCUCUGUCCAUUUGACAGAUCCUUGAUCGAAAUAUUUCAGUUAAUGGUAUCAAUUUAGUUUUGAUUACCGUUAUGUGUGUGUUUGAAACAUUAAUUUCCAAACAAAGCUGAUGUGAAAUAUGCAAACGCUUAAGUUUCCAAAGUCAGUGUUUUGAAUGAUCGAGAUUUUAACAAAUGGUGUUCAUCUGAAGAUUUUUUGGUAAAUGUUAAAGCGCCAGUUUAUGCGUCUGAGAGACGAAUUAAACCCUUACGUCUUCCUCUUGGUAUUCAUAUUAUCAAGACAUAAUGGCUAAUCGCGAAUGUUUCUGACAUUUUGUUAUAGAAAAACAUGCAAAAUAGUGUAUAUCGUUAACGACUUUAUCUUUAUCUUAAACAGUCAUUGUUUAGUGAAAAAAGUGAUAUGCCAGUCGUAUAGAAGGAUUGAACACCUGUAUCAAAAUCAAGUGCUAAAUCCUUCACUUAAUGCUCAAGACCAAAGGGCAAUGCAACACAGUUCCUUGGUAAUAUAUAUUCUUGUAUAUCGAUGGGUAAAAUGAAUGUGGUAUUGCUACUUACAAUGUCAAUAUUAGGUACAACAUUUCCUUGCUGAACUUUCGAUAUACAUUCAUAACAUUUUCAUGUAUUUGCUAUCCUAAAUAUCUAUACACCUUAAGCCAACAGUUGAUAUGUGAAAUGUGUUAGUUAACAUAUCAAGUCCUAAAUAGUAGAGAGUGAUGGACACGGUGAUGACAAAUAUUAAAAAUACUCGAACUCA